UUCAAACCAGUAGGCGGCAGUAAUGGUCUAUUAAAAUCUAUUCUCAAGCUGCAAACCACAAACGAAGUCAGUGGCAGUGUUGGAUCAACAUGGCCGCAUGGAAGGUCUUCAGCACAGGAAUAGGGUGUCUGCAAUCGUCCUUGCCGUUUUGUGGACAGGCCUACAAAAGUUCUCUUGGGGUGGUGGAACAGUUCAGAAGUUAUUAUGUUGACUGGAGGAUGUUACGGGAUGUGAAAAGGAGGCAAAUGGCAUAUGAAUAUGCAGAUACAAGACUGCGCAUCAAUGCUAUUAGGAAAAAUACUAUUUUGCCAAAGGAACUACAGGAGAUAGCUGAUAAAGAAAUAGCCGCACUGCCUCGGGACAGUUGCCCAGUGCGUAUUCGCAACAGGUGUGUGAUGACAUCAAGACCGCGUGGGGUGAAACGGAGGUGGCGUCUUAGUCGUAUUGUCUUUCGGCAUUUAGCGGACCACAACCAGAUGUCUGGGAUACAGAGAUCAAUGUGGUGAUUGGCUAGGAGUGGUGUUUUGGACAGCCUUGUUGUUCAGUGUAUGAACUUUACAACCUUUAUGUAAAGCCGACUUUAAAAGAGAAUUUAUUCGAGUACAAGGGCACAAAUCUGGAUAAGUAACAAGCACCUGCUUAAAUGUAUUUUGUUUUUAUUUUUUUUAUUUUUUUGAAAGGGGAGGGGGUUGCUAAAUUGUGAUUUCAAAUCGGUAUCACCACAAUUUUUUUUUUUUUUUUUUUUUGCAUCUGUUGAAAAAUCUUAUGUAAGCUGUAUUACUUUAAAUACAAUAAAAUUAGUUGAUUCUACUGUGA